AAAAAAUGCUAGAUAUCACACAACCCUCAAGCAGUAUACGCACGUUCAUUCACAUCAUCGAUUAUCGGCUUAUCAAAAAUACGACGUUAUUUACCAGAUGCUUGUCUGUAUGAAGACCAUACACGAAGCAGGGCUUGCGCAUCGAGAUCUUUCUGAGGUCAAUAUUAUGGUCAACCCAGUUGAUGGUCAAUAUCUGGAAGAUGGAAGCGAAAAAGUAUGCCUUUACCUGAUUGAUUUCGGUAAAGCCGUCUUUUGCCAGCCACAAGAUGUCCGUGAUUGGUUUGUAGAUGUACCUCGCGCAGAAUGGGAAUAUGAUGGAGAUGUUGUACCAGAGACAAAGGAAGAGUUGGAUAGUUGGUGUGAAACGUUACCUUGGGUGAAAGGGAAGCCGGAUCAUGGAUACAGGAUGUAUAGAUCUAUCCAAACGUUACCAAAGACAAGGUCAGAUAACCAAGUUCUUCCUUGGUUAAUACAUCCUCAAGCUGAGGAUAUGUAUUCGAUUGGCGUAAUGAUGUGGAAGGUGUUUACAGAUACGGAACCAUGGCGAGGUAUCUUGGAUACAGACCUUCAGGGCCUACGUUACGUUGCACAAGAUGAUUAUCGCAUCCAGCGAGCAUUGGAAGGAGAGGUGCAUGGAGAGCUUAGUAGACAGCUAUUGCUGAAAUGCCUCAGAACACGACCACAAGAUCGUGAAACGGCCAAAGAUAUCUUGGACUGGAUUGGACAGGAGCCGAUAAAGGAAGGACUUAUUGGAGAAUGGAAGAUGUACUCUUCAGAUACAAGAAGUUCUCGAAGAGCAAAGACAUUUUACGGAUUCGAUGAAGAAGAUGAAGAAGAGAAAAGAAGACCUAGAAAGAAAAUGAAUACAUCUAGUAAAAGAGGACGACCAAAAGCUCAAAAAGAAGCAUAUCUAAAUUAACCUGUCCCAUUUAUACAUCCCCUCUUCUAUAUACACAUACAAACAAUACUUGUCCCCACUUCAGAUGCUCAAAUGAUACAACACUUAGGCUUUUCACAAAAUCAUGCACACUUACAUCUAUGUUUAUAUUAUUCCUUUCCCUUUUUUAAUGCAUUUACAUAAUCAGUAUUCCCUCAAUUUUGUUUAUCAUGCGGCAGAU